GGUCUGACGACACAGUUUUCACUUUCUCUGUAUGCUGCACCUUCAUGGAAGCCUUGUUGUAGACCCUCAGCUGCACAGCUGUGUCCAUAUAAAAGCUGUCAAUGUGCAACACGUGCACAGAACUCUUCAAGAGGUUACUUGUUUCUUCAAAGAGACAAACUGGAUGGCCGAAAUACACCUCAGGAGUGUGAGGUAUAGGACUGGACCAGCAAUGUUCUAUACAAGUUCUUUCCCAAGGAUGUCCUAUAUGGACGUAUCCAUCCCCAGACCAAUGGACUCUCUCAGAAACUUCUAAUAUCACCAGAUUCAGGACUACCCAAGAAGACCAAAAAGCUUUGACCAAAGAAUCCCGCAAUUAGAUCCUGUUUGGCAAGUUCUGCAUCACUGACCUGGACAUACCAUAUGGGCAUACCCACAUGCCCUGGGUCACUGGACUCUUCCAAAAGCUUCUAAUAUCAAGACGACCCAAGGAAGACGUUUUGACCAAAGAAGCCCUCAAAGAGACCCUGCUUGACAAGCUCUGCAUCACUGACCUGUAUCAUUGACCUGUUUCACUGACUACUGACUGCCAUGCUCUGGUGGAGGCUCGCCUGCCGUGCUGUGUGUUUGGCAGCUCUUUUGGUGGUGGCCGGUUGUGAGCAGAAGAGAGAAACGGAUGAAGGGUCACGGGGCUCCUCAGGGAAGGCCAAUGGCACAGGCAGCAGCGGCUCCGGCAGCUCCAGCAGCCGCAGGUACCACCGGCUCCAGCACGGCCAGUGCACCUACACCUUCAUCCUCCCAGAAGGUGAUGGAAACGGUGGGACUUCAUGCCGGGAGACAAAAGCAGCCACCCAGUACAAUGCCAAUGCAUUGCAGAGAGAUGCCCCUCCACCUGAGCCUGACUUCCCCAGCCAGAAGAUCCAGCAGCUGGAGCACAUCAUGGAGAACUACACACAGUGGUUACAGAAGAUCGAGAACUACAUUAAAGAGAGCAUGAAAGCAGAGAUGGCCCAGUUACAGCAGAGUGCAGUCCACAAUCACACAGCAGCCAUGUUGGAAAUGGGUACCAAUCUUCUUUCCCAGACGGCCGAACAGACCCGCAAGCUCACCGACGUUGAGACUCAGGUUUUGAAUCAGACGUCCAGGCUGGAGAUUCAACUGUUGGAGAAUUCCCUGUCCACCAACAAGCUGGAGAAGCAGCUCAUAGUGCAGACCAACGAGAUCAGCAAACUGCACGACAAGAAUGGGUUUCUGGAGCUGAAGAUGCAGGAGAUGGAGGCAAGGCACAAGCAGGAACUGGAGGUGUUGAGGGAGGAGAAGAGCAGUCUGCAGGCGCUGGUGGCCAGGCAGAGCGGAGUGAUCCGCGAGCUGGAGAGCCAGCUGGGCCGAGCCACGGGCAACAGCACAGCACUGCAGAGACAGCAGCAGGACCUGAUGGACACUGUGCACAGCCUCCUCAGCCUCUGCUCCAAAGAUGGAGUGGUGCCCAACAGCACAAAGCAAGCUGACGAGGAGAAGAAAUUCCGGGACUGUGCUGAUCUGUACGAGUCAGGCAUCCGGAAGAACGGAGUAUACACAAUCAACAUCAGCCCUCAGGAAACCAAAAAGGUAUACUGCAACAUGGAGUCCGCCGGUGGAGGAUGGACAGUAAUCCAGCAUCGGGAGGAUGGCAGCGUUGAUUUCCAGAGGACAUGGAAAGAAUACAAAAUGGGCUUUGGGAGUGUGUCGGCUGAGCACUGGCUGGGGAACGAGUUUGUGUACAUGCUGACCAGUCAAAGGCAGUAUGCUCUCCGCGUGGAGCUGACCGACUGGGAUGGACAUCAGGCCUUUUCCCAGUAUGACCACUUCAACAUCGGCAGCGAGAAAAACAACUACAGGCUGUCCUUAAAGAGCCACAGUGGAACAGCAGGAAGGCAGAGUAGUCUGGUGAUCCAUGGUGCGGACUUCAGCACCAAAGACAUGGACAACGACAACUGCAGCUGCAAGUGUGCCCUGAUGCUGACUGGAGGCUGGUGGUUUGAUGCCUGCGGCCCGUCAAACCUGAAUGGGAUGUACUACACCCAAGGUCAACAUGUCGGCAAGCUCAACGGCAUCAAGUGGCACUAUUUCAAAGGCCCGAGUUACUCUCUCCGAACAACCACCAUGAUGAUCCGACCACUGGACAUUUCAUAGAAAUCUUCCCUCACCCACAGUGCAGGUGGGAACAUUCUUGAAAAAGGGCUACGCUAUCAAAUGACACUUUUUCAGCAACAUAUACAACACUUGGAUUGUGUGACACUUCACUUUCCGUGAGUAACCCACUGCUCAUGGAAACAGGGAUUGAGCAAAGAAGAAAGGUGACCUAUUAUUAUCCUGCAGCUCACAGCAGAGGGUUAGCUCUCUGGGAAUUUCGGGGAGCGUUCUUGGCUGGUUUUUAUUUUUAUAUAUCAGAGAUAUGAGCUCAAGUGGCAUUGGUGGGUCACUCGUGCCCUGUGAACUACUGAGGCAGGCACAUCACCUUUGAAGGGAGCAGACUGGACGAUGCUGCCCAUCUGCAAAGCCUCUGGCUUAUUUGGCUCGCUGGUGAACUCGCAGCAGCUGGAAUCUUCUGAAAACCAAAAGUGAGCCAUUAAUGUUUCUUAACAAACUGUGUUGCACAAUUACCUUUGGGACAUGAAUACAUUAUUUUCUAUUGUUACACUUUUUAUACCUACACAAUGUUUUUCUUUGUACAUACUUCUCAUGAAAAAAGAGAAAAAGCAAAGCAUGCAGCUCAGAAAAGUCAAAAUUUGAAUCUACAGAAAGUUCAGCUGACGGUACUUUUGCCAGAUGGCGUUUGUUUCAGAGUUCAAAUAGCUGCAUUAUUAUUAUUGCCUUUGACCUUUAGUGACCUUCAGCUAGCCAUUACAAUGUGAAUACAGGCCAGGGUUCAGAGGUACAGUAUGAGUGCUUAUCCCAGUUACAAUUUAGCUACAUUUGAGAAGAAUUUAUGUGAAAAGUCAAAUAAAUUAAGGGUCAAAUCAUGCAAAUGUACUAAAAAUCAAACCUCUUUGCAGUUUCAUGUGUAAACAAGUUUAUUUGCCAGGAAUUGCUUGUAUAUUUAGUCAUUUCUUCCUCAGUCCUGGACCUGCACUGCACAGGUUAGUGACUUCUCUACUGGAAUUCACUUUAAUCAGAUAUUUUACAGCAGGAAAACCCAAAAGUCUGGAGUGCAGGCUCCCAUCCUAGAGCUGAGAAACAUAGUGCUGAAGGUGAGAAUCAUUGCAUAUGAAACUAUUGUUGGCUCUUACAUCAGUAAAAAUAAUGAAGACAGAUGGUACUGUACAUUACUUUUAUAUACUCUACAGGUAACAUUUUAUUGUGUUGAAUCAUUAUUUCUUUUUGUUUUUUGCAAAUGUAUAUAAUUUGCAAAUGUAUAUAAUUGCUGCUUAAAUAAGGAUACAGUGCGAAUGUUUUGUUUUAGUAUGCGAUAAAGAUUAUUUUAUCUCUUUUGUAUGUCUUUACAGUCUAUUUUGGGAACUUGGCAGGACUGUGGUGAGAUUGUAUUUUUAGCUUGCGAACCACCAUGCAUACACACACGCACACACACACACACACACACACACACACACGCACACACACACACACACACACACACACACACACACACGCACACACACACACUCUCUAACUGAUCUGAGGAAACACACAUUCAUUUCCAGUCUGUUUUUCUUUCAUCAGUGAAGUUUGAAAACACUCUUUUAAUAGGCCCCGGCUGAAGGACAGUAAAAUUAACGACUCGUUUUAGUGCACCGUACUUCUACUGCGUAACUAUCAGCACGGAACACCUACAUGCACUUAUCUGUUUCGUGUUACUGAAAACAGGUCAUUGUAUAGAAAAGCCAUAAGCAUCUGGAGCAUAUUAAACAAUAGCAUGACGUUUAUUAGCAUACGUAAAAUAUUGUAAUUUAAUGUGUGUUUGUGUAAAAUUGCUUUCCUGAGGAAAGAGGGUUUUUUAUUCUCUCAGAGCCAUAUGAUACGCUCUGCUCUACAGAAGUAACUGAAAUAAUAAUGAUACUAGUGCAGACUGCCUUCAAAGACUCUACUAUUACCUCGUAAAAAUGUUACAUUUGUCAUUUUAUUUAAACACUUCAUUCUUUGUAACAUUCAGAAUUUUGUGAUGUCUAAAUAAAAGAAUGCAUGUGAUGC